GCUGGGCUCCGGCCCGGCAGCAGGAAGUGACUCGCAGCCGCUGCGGUGACUCUGGCUCCCAGGCUCCUGGCGAGAUCCCCGAGCCCCGGCGGCUGGUGCUGGGAGCCCGGAGCCCUGGCUGCAGCCGGGAGAGGGGAAUCUCCAGCAGGGCCCUUCCCGCUGCUCCCCAGGAGCCUCUCCCAGGGCAGAGCCCCCAGCCCGGCCCGGCCCCUGCCCCGGGGGGCCCCGCUCGGAGGGAAGAUGCCGGUGACCUUCGAGGAGGUGGCUGUGUAUUUCACCCAGGGGCAGGGGGGCUCUGCUGGACCCCGCUCAGAGAGCCCUCUACAGGGACGUCAUGCAGGAGAACUAUGAGACGGUGACCUCGCUGGGAUUUCCCAUUCCCAAACCUGAGCUGAUUGCCCUGCUGGAACGAGGGGAAGAGCCAUGGGUCCCGGAUCUCCAGGCCUCUGAGAAAAAGGAGGUCAUGCAAGUCACCCACACAGACAGUGACUCCUGUCUGGAUUCUCUCUUAACAGGUGAUGAGACCCUGAGUGAGAACAAGGAGGUGAAUUGGCAGGUGGAACCAGAGAGGACCUUUUUGAGAGGAGCUGAAGGGAAUUUUUCCCAGUGCUUGGAACAGGGAGAAGCCUGGGGAAAUCGGAGUGGGUCAGAGAGGCAGCUGGGAAACCAGCCAAGGAAGAAGGUGGAUGAAUCCAUUCAAGGUGGGGGAGGAUGCACUGAUCCCAAGGAAACCACCACCGAGCAAACAAAUCCCAAGGACAAGAAACCCUACAAAUGCCUCGACUGUGGGAAAAGCUUCAGUGUAAGAACCAACCUUAUUACGCACUGGAAAAACCACACGGGAGAGAAGCCCUAUAAAUGCUUGGACUGUGGGAAAAGUUUCCGUCAGAGCUCACACCUUAUUACCCAUCAGAGACUGCACACUGGAGAGAGACCGUAUAAAUGCCUAGAGUGCGGGAAAAGUUUCAACGUGAGGUCGGCCCUUAUUGCGCAUCAGAGAACGCACACGGGAGAGAAACCCUAUAAGUGCCUGGACUGUGGGAAAAGCUUCAAUGUGAGAUCAGCUGUUAUUAGACAUCAGAGAAUCCACACAGGAGAGAAACCUUAUAAAUGCCUGGACUGUGGGAAAAGCUUCAGUCAGAGCUCCAGCCUCACUAAACAUCGGAGAACCCACACGGGUGAGCGACCCUAUAACUGCCUCAUGUGUGGGAAAAGUUUUAGCGACAGCUCGUCCCUUAUUAAACAUGGGAGAACCCACACGGGAGAGAGACCCUAUAAAUGCCUGGACUGUGGGAAAUGUUUCAAUCUGCGAUCAGCUCUUCUUGCACAUCAAAGAACCCACACGGGAGAGAAGCCCCAUAAAUGCCUGGACUGUGGGAAAAGCUUCAGUCAGAGCUCAAAUCUUGUUACGCAUCAGAGAACCCACACAGGGGAUAAACCCUAUAAAUGCCUCCACUGUGGGAAACGGUUUAACGUCAGUUCAGCCGUUAUUACGCAUCAGAGAAUCCACACGGGAGAGAAACCCUAUAAAUGCCUGGACUGUGGGAAAAGCUUCAGUCACAGCUCAAACCUCACUAAACAUCAGGGAAUUCAUGAGGGAGAGAGAGCCUAUAAGUGGGACAUGUUUCAAUAGGAAGUGAACCCUUAAUACUUAUCAGGAGACCACAGCGUGGGAGAGAGACCUCAGAAGUGUCCCUGUUGAGGGAAAAGUUACAUUGUUCUGCAUUAGACAAGCCACAAAAUAGAGAAACCCCAUAAAUGCUUGGACUGUGAGAAAAGCUUCAGUAACAGCUCAGGCCUUACUUAAUACUGGAGAACCCACAUGAGAGAGAAAAACCUUGAAUGUGGGGCAAGCUUCGCUUAGUAUCUGGCAGCAGCAGAUCUGUGCAGGGAAGAAACUGCUGAGAUGUCCUUAGCAAGGAAAAUGCUCCAAGUGGGAGAAAUUCUCUGAGUGCCCUGACUGGGGCCGGCCAUGGUGACAAACCCGUUUCCUUGUUCCCACACACAUCAGGGGCAUUUGGCUCCCAAGGAUCCAGCUGCCCAGUGCUGGGGUGAGGAUUCAGCAGCAGCCAAGCAGCAGCUGGUCAGGGACCCCCUGGCUCUGCCUGGUCUAAGCAAACCCCAGGCAGAGGAGGAGAAACCCCGAUCAGCCUCUCCUCCCUGCUGCAGCCCUGGCUGCUGAACUGAUGGAUCAAAGAGGGGAAGGGAAAGAGAGAAACUCCUCCAGCUGCUCCCUCUGCCUGGCUGAAGUUCCCCUCUCUCCCUUCCCCACCCAGCCGGGAUCCCCCUGCCAUGAAUAUGAGGAGAAGGACACUUGGGCCAGGCCCCACCUUCACUCUAGACCUGUCUCCACCCCACAUCUUUCACCAGCCCCUGGGCUGGGCUCCCCCACUGACCUGGAGCUGUUCCCUGCAGUGCGAGUGUCCCUGGGGGCUAGUAACUCCUCCCCUCCCCAAAUCCCCCAGGGGGCUGGGCUGUGGGGGAUCAGCCAUUAAGGGACCAAGCCGAAGGGUUCUGGGGAGGACACUGGAGAUUGAAUGGUUGGGGCUGGUGAAGCGGGGGGAGCUGGGUGCUGGGGUAUCGAGUGUUUGGGGAUCAUGGGAUAAGAGGCGAGGGAGAGCACAGGGGUAGAGAGGUGCUGCCUCAUCACUCACCCCCUCUGCCCCUUCUCCCUGCCCCUGCUGCAUUCAGACAGCACCACCAAGAGGGACUGAUUUCAACAGGGCCUUUCAUGGGAGGCCUGGAGAUCCCACCACUGCCUCAGCAGCAUCAGCCUCCGAGCGUCCAUCUGUGGUAGGAAACGUGGUCAGGAUCAGCCACCUCAUCUCCUCUGACCCUCCCCCGCCAUCCUAUCCUAGACUGAGCCUGAGCAUCUAAUUCAUUCGGAUCCCACCCUUAGCAGAGAGACUGUUCGAGUCACUGAUGGUAGGGGUAGGUUCUCUCACUGGGGAUAGGUUCUCUCACUCCCAGCCAGUCUCACCUCAAUCCAGGCUGUGCCGGGAAACAUUUCUUUUUGUACAUUUUCUCUCUUACAGAUGAGAGUUAAAUGGAUUCUAGAAGAGUUGGAGCAAGGGUAGUAAAAGGUGGUGUUUUAGGUUCUGUGCUAUUUGAGAGCGAUGGGGUGAGUCCGAGGGAUUCCCUCCUUCCCCCGUCACUGUCAUGCUCCAUCCUUGAUGCAGCAGCCUCUGUCCGAGCCUUGGAGAAUUUUAUCCUGUCCCCGUUCUACUCCACCCCACAAAGUGUCGCUUAUCACAGUGUCCCUGGCUGUCCAUGUGUAGGAAUCACACUUUGAUCCUAAGUCAGACUCCUGGAGGUGAAAGUGUCACUGACCUGGGCUGGGGUUGGGGGAGGAUUCAGAUGAACCCCAAUGCACAAGCUGAGGUUUCUGAGCUUAAAUUCCAUCUAUCGGUAAAGUGGCUUCUGGGCUUUUCACAGCCAAGUACAGAUCAUUUGUCGAGGGGAAGGUUUUGGUUUUAUUUUAUUUUGUUCUGUUUCAUUGUGAGGAUGCUAGAAUUCUGUAACUAACACAACUGAAUAGCGAGGAGGUGCUGAGUGAAGCAGAGUUAGUCAGCUCAGAAGGAAAUGAGUCCGUUUGUUCUCCUGAUUGUGAAUCUGAAGAGUCUCUGGGAUAUCACUUUCUGAAUGUAAAAGUGUUUCGUAGC